GCUCAGGACCUCAGACACUCGGCGGCCACCACACUAGUCGCUCGCGUCCGCCGUCCCGUCCUGUGGUCUUGGCGCGCGCUUGCUUACCCUUACCCUCUCGCGGGGACAACACACUUAACAGACGCGCACGGACACACCGGCGCGCACCUUGCUCCUCCCUCGCGUUGCAUGUGCCAGUGUUGCAUACGUAGUGCCACAUGACGCUCUCGUAAGGCAGCGCACGAUGCUAGUGACGGUGGGGGUGCUCUUGGUGGCCGCGGCUCAGGCCAUCGCCAAGCCUGAUGGAUACUCAGGAUACGACCUCGGCCGCCGCCCGCCUCCUGGGGGGCCAAACGUGUGUGGAAAUGGCGUCCGCUCCUGUUGUCCUGGCUGGUCCCAGAAGGCUACGAACCUCAUGUGCAUUAUUCCUAUCUGCAUAAGGGACUGUGGACCUGGAGGACGGUGCGUGCGUCCCAACCUGUGCAUCUGUGCCACCGGCGACAUCUCUCGUAUGUGUAACGGCAGCGGAAGGAACGGGAGGCACGGCGGGCGCAACGGUCUGGGCAGGCAUGGAGGCAGGGGCGUUAUCGACGGUGUGAAUGUUGGAGUAGGCUUUGUCAAUGGAGGAAAUGGAGGAGGAGCAGGAGCGACACCUGGAUAUCUUGGUGAAAGGGGGCGAAAUGGUGGACCAGGUGGACCAAGAACCAUCGGUCAACCGGUAGAUACUGGCAGACCAGUUGUUGUUGGACCAGGAGGCGUUGUACCGGGAGGCGUUGGACCAGGAGGCAUUGGGCCAGGAGGCCUUAGACCGGGAGGCCUUGGACCAGGAGGCCUUGGACCGGGAGGCCUUGGACCGGGAGGCCUUGGACCGGGAGGCCUUGGACCGGGAGGAGUUAGACCAGGAGGCGUUGGACCGGGAGGGGUUGGACCAGGAGGCCUUGGACCAGGAGGAGUUGGGCCAGGAGGCGUUGGACCGGGAGGAGUUGGACCGGGAGGGAUUGGACCAGGAGGCCUUGGACCGGGAGGAGUUGGGCCAGGAGGUGUUGGACCUGGAGGCCUUGGACCGGGAGGCAAUGGACCAGGAGACCUUGGACCGGGAAGGGUUAGAACAGAUGUCGUUGGACCGGGAGUACCCGGCUACAGGCCAACACCCGUCAACGGACAAGGCGGUGGACCGGUGAGCGUUGGAAUAGAAGAUGUCUUUAGGCCAGGAGACGUCAACGGAGCAGGAGGCAACGGAGGGCGAGGUGGUGGCUUCAAUGGCGGAGUGGUGUACUCUGGAGGAAGAGACCGACAAGACAGCGGUGGGUGCCAGACGACUUGCCUGAACGGGGGCACGUGUCGGGGGCGGCAGUGCUUCUGUCGUCAGGGUUACACGGGGGAACACUGUGCUGAGCCUGUGUGUCGGGAGCCUUGUCUGAACGGCGGCCGCUGUGUGGGGCCCGACCGCUGUGCCUGUGUCUACGGCUUCACGGGCAGGCGGUGUGAGGCAGACUACAGAACAGGGCCUUGCUUCACAAAGGUGCAACAUGACAUGUGCCAAGGGCAGCUGCCUGGGGUGGUGUGCACCAAGCAGUUGUGCUGUGCCACCAUUGGUAAGGCUUGGGGCCACCCUUGUGAACACUGUCCUCAGAGACUUGACUGUGAUAAAGGAUUCCUCAAGAACAUUCACAGUGGACAAUGUGUAGACAUUGAUGAGUGUGAGGCAAUCCCUGGCCUGUGCGAGGGAGGCUUGUGUGUGAACAGCCAUGGCUCCUUCAGGUGUGAGUGUCCCGAGGGCCAGACACAGAACCCCCAGACCAAUGCCUGUGAGGACCGCGAUGAGUGUGCUGAGGAAGACACCUGCCUCAAUGGCCGCUGUGUCAACACUGAUGGCAGUUUCUACUGCAGCUGCAACACAGGAUUCAUUCCCAGCCAGAAUCGCAAGGCCUGCAUAGAUGCCCGGCAGGGAAAUUGUUAUACUGAGCUCCGAGGGAGAGGACGCUGCAGAAAACCACUGCCCAUCCCCCUCACCCAGCAGGCCUGCUGUUGCCGCAAGAACAUGGGCAAGGCUUGGGGAGAGGGACUUAAUGAUUGUGUUCCCUGUCCUAUGAUUGGUGAAGAGAGUUAUGAGAAGCUGUGUGAUCAGUCAGAUUACCAACAUCCACCCAUGGACCAGUGUAUCCUCAAGCCCUCACUGUGUGGGGAUGGCGGGCGCUGCAUUGACACAGUUGAUGGCUACACUUGCGAGUGUUAUGAUGGCUUCUCCCUCAACACAGUGACCAGCAUAUGUGAAGAUAGGGAUGAGUGCCGAGAAGGUGUCUGCCAAGGGGGUCAGUGCUACAACACACAAGGAAGCUUCAUCUGUCGCUGUCCAGUUGGCUUUGACAUUUCUUCGGAUGGUCUCUCGUGUAUUGAUCACGAUGAGUGUAGUGAGACAGGAAUGUGUGCCAAUGGGAUCUGUACAAAUAUGGAUGGCUCCUUUAAGUGUGUGUGCAAUGACGGCUACAUUCUUUCCUCAUCAGGAUUUGCUUGCAUAGACAUCAAUGAAUGUGAGGAAAACAGGCGCAUUUGCUUGUUUGGGCGCUGUGAGAAUCUGGAAGGGAGCUACCGGUGCGUGUGUGACAAUGGCUACACCCACUCUACUGAUGGAAGCUUCUGUACUGACGUGGAUGAGUGUGGUGAGACAGGGAUGUGUGAACAUGGCUCCUGCCUCAAUGUGGAUGGGUCCUUCAAGUGUGUGUGUCAGCCAGGCUACACGCUCUCUCCCUCGGGCAAGACCUGCAUUGAUCUCAAUGAAUGUGAAUCUGGGCCAUGCAAGAAUGGGCGCUGCAUCAACACUGAUGGGAGCUUCAGGUGCGAGUGUCCACCAGGCUUCACUUUGGGAGUUAACGGCUUGAUUUGCCUAGACACAAAGUUAGAUUUCUGUUAUGCUGUUUACCGAGAUGGGCAGUGUUCCAACCCCUCCACCACCCCCACCACCAAGUCUGCCUGCUGCUGCUGCACUGUGAUCCUUGGCCAACCCAUGGGCUGGGGGACACCAUGCCAGUCAUGUCCUCAGCCUGGGACACAAGAUUUCCUGUCCCUGUGUCCUCACGGCUCGGGCAUCACACAUGAGGGCCACGAUAUCAAUGAGUGUGCUCUGAGCCUGCCCAUCUGCCGCAAUGGAGCAUGUGAAAACCUUGAGGGUGGCUACCGGUGUAUAUGCAAUCCUGGCUACACAGUGGAUGAGAGCGGCCACCAGUGCCAUGACAUCAAUGAGUGUGCCAUUGACAACCUCCUGUGUGACGGGGGACAGUGCCGGAACACGCCAGGCAGCUACCAGUGCAUCUGUCCAUCAGGCACCCAGUUCAAUCCAGGCACCAGAGUUUGUGCAGACAUUGAUGAGUGCAAGGAGUACGGGGAGGAGGCAUGUGUUGGUGGCACUUGUGUCAAUGUGAUUGGCUCCUACAAGUGUGAAUGUGAAGAGGGAACCAUACUGGACUCCACUGGAAGAUAUUGCAUUGACAACAGGAGAGGGUCUUGCUGGACCAAAGUUAAGGAUGGCCGUUGUGAAAAUAACAUUCCAAAGCUGACCCUCAAAGCAGAGUGUUGUUGUACCAUUGGCAAGGCUUGGGGGUCACCUUGUGAGAUCUGCAAGCCUGAGGACUGUGACUGUAGCAUCGGUAUGGCAAAGAUGGAUGGUAAGACCUGCCAAGACAUCAACGAGUGUCAGCUCAACCCCGGCAUCUGCCAAGGUGGUGGAGAGUGUGUCAACACAGAUGGUUCCUUUACCUGCAUCUGUCCACCAGGCCUCACUCUUGACAGCACCAAGACCAAGUGCCUGGACCUGCGAGAGGAAACUUGUUACCUUGAGUAUAGAAGUGGGCUGUGCAGCAAGCCACUGGAGGGACUGUUCAAGAAGUCUGCCUGCUGCUGCACAGUGGGGCGGGCCUGGGGUGACGGCUGUGAGGGCUGCCCACGCCCUGGCACCAGCGCCUUUGAUGAGCUGUGCCCCAAGAGCUAUGGCUACGAGGGAAGGAAAGAUAUCAAUGAGUGUGUCACUUUCCCAGACAUGUGUGAAAAUGGCCACUGCAGGAACUCCAUUGGUUCAUUCUCUUGUCGCUGCAACCAAGGAUAUGCUCUGGAUGAGGAUGGCGUCAAGUGCUUGGAUAUUGAUGAAUGUGGCAUCAUGCAUGGUGUAUGUGGCAAUGGUACUUGCCAGAAUACUGCUGGAUCCUUUAUGUGUGACUGUGACACAGGCUUUGAAUCAACCAUGAUGAUGCAAGUGUGCAUGGAUAUCAAUGAGUGUGAGAGGACGCCUGGCCUGUGUCGUGGUGGACACUGCAUCAACACUCCUGGCAGCUUCAGGUGUGAGUGUCCGCCAGGCCACGAAUUAUCCUCAGACCACCGCUCCUGCAAGGACAUUGAUGAGUGUUCUCGUACUUCAGGAAUCUGCUCCAACGGUGUGUGUGAGAAUAUGAUGGGCACUUACCAGUGUAUGUGCAAUGAUGGCUACCAGCAGACUGGUCAGAAAUCUCACUGUGAAGACAUUGAUGAGUGCAGCCUGAAUAAUGGCGGCUGUGAUGAUGUUUGCACCAAUACCCCGGGACUCUUCUCCUGCUCGUGCUCCACCGGCUACAUGCUGCUGAUGGAUGGCCGUUCCUGUGCUGAUGUGGAUGAGUGUAAAGAAAACCCAGCCAUUUGUUCAGGAGGACAGUGCACUAACACUCCUGGGUCAUACCUGUGCACCUGUGAAGGAGGCCUCUUGCCAGACCCUGAUGGCCCAGGCUGCCUUGAUGUGGAUGAGUGUGACAUGAACCCCAACCUGUGUCAGAAUGGCAAGUGUGCAAAUGUUGUUGGUUCAUUUGCCUGCCAGUGUGAGGACGGCUACAGUGUCAAGUCUGAGUUUGGGCCAGGAUGCACCGAUGAUGAUGAAUGUGCCUUGGGGACCUUCCUCUGUGAUACAAAUGCUGAGUGUAACAACAUUGAUGGCACAUAUGAGUGUCAAUGCAGGGAUGGAUUCACAGGCAACGGAAAAACUUGCCGGGAUGUCAAUGAGUGCCUGACCAACAAUGGAGGUUGCCACCGUGAUGCUCAGUGCAUUAACACCGAUGGUUCCUUCAAGUGUGUGUGUGAUGCUGGGUUCAGAGGAGAUGGCUCAUUCUGUGAGGACAUAGAUGAAUGCACACAAGAUCCAACCUUGUGUGAGAAUGGCCAGUGCCUCAACUUCCCAGGAUCAUUCAGCUGUGACUGUGAGAUGGGCUUCAUGCAUCCUGACCCACACAGUGAGCCACACAAUGAGCAGGAGUGUGUUGAUAUAGAUGAGUGCAACAUGUUCAGUAACCUGUGUGUGUAUGGCCAGUGUGAGAACAUCUUUGGUAUGUUCCGCUGCAUCUGUGACAAGGGCUACCAUCUUGACGAAACGGGAGGCAACUGUACUGACAUUGAUGAGUGUGACAACCCUGAUGUGUGCCAGUAUGGAACAUGCAUCAACAUGCAGGGAACCUAUGAGUGCGAGUGUCCUCCAAACUAUGAGUUGAUCAGCACAGGUGACGGCUGUGUGGAUCGGCGGGAGGGAGAAUGUUUCUUGGAUGUUAUCAGUGUGAGGAACAAGUAUGGCAUCUGUCAGGACCCUCUGGGAGAUCCUGUGACACAGUCCACCUGCUGUUGCUCCAUUGGCAAGGCUUGGGGUCCACGUUGUGAGGUGUGUCCACCAGAAGACUCUGAGGAAUAUGAGCAGCUGUGUCCUGGCGGCAAGGGAUUCCGUCCAAACACCAUCACUGUGAUUUUAGAAGACAUUGAUGAGUGCAGGGAGAUGGCAAACCUGUGUGAAAAUGGGCGUUGCUCCAACACAUUUGGGUCCUUCAUGUGUUCCUGUGACAGAGGCUACAGACUCAAUGCUGCUGGUUCUCUCUGUGUAGAUAUUGAUGAGUGUGCAGACAGUACCAAGUGCAAGAAUGGCUUCUGCAUCAACACUGAAGGCAGCUUCCAGUGUGAAUGUCCUGAUGGUUACACAUUGCUUCCCAAUCGGGCUGAGUGCAUUGACAUGAGAGAGGAGAGUUGCUUCAUGAAGUAUGAGGAUGGAGAGUGCACCAUGCCUAUGCUGUCAUCCAUUACCAAAAUGAAGUGUUGCUGCUCCAUGGGUGCUGCCUGGGGCUUCAACUGUGAGCCGUGCCCUGCAAGAAACACCUUGGCCUACAGUGAGCUGUGCUACACAGGCAGCAUUAGCCGCCCCAUUGGACCUUUGGAUCCUGACGGCCGCCCUAUUGGCCCUGAUGGCCGCCCUAUUGGCCCUGACGGACGCCCCAUUGGCCCUGAUGGACGCCCCAUUGGCCCUAAUGGACGCCCCAUUGGCCCUGAUGGCCGCCCAAUUGGCCCUGAUGGACGCCCAAUCAGCCCUGACGGUUACCCCAUUGGCCCUGAUGGCAGGCCUAUUGGCCCUGAUGGCAGACCUAUCGGCCCUGAUGGCCGCCCAGUUGGCCCUGAUGGUAGACCUAUUGGUCCGGAUGGCCGCCCUGUUGGUCCUGAUGGUAGACCUAUUGGCCCUGAUGGUAGGCCAAUUGGCCCUGAUGGCAGGCCUAUUGGCCCUGACGGUAGGCCUAUUGGCCCAGAUAGGUGGCCUGUUGACCAUGACGGCAGACCUAUUGGACCUGAUGGUAGACCUAUCGGCCCUGAUGGUAGGCCUAUAGGCCCUGACGGCAGGCCUAUUGGCCCUGAUGGUAGGCCUGUUGGUCCAGACGGUAGGCCUGUUGGUCCAGAUGGCAGACCUAUUGACCCUGAUGGCCGCCCUGUAGGACCUGAUGGUAGGCCUAUUGGUCCCGAUGGCAGACCUAUUGGUCCUGAUGGUAGACCCAUUGGCCCAGAUGGCAGGCCUAUUGGUCCUGAUGGUAGACCUAUUGGCCCUGAUGGCAGACCUAUUGGCCCUGAUGGCAGGCCCAUUGGUCCUGAUGGUAGGCCUAUUGGCCCCGAUGGCAGGCCUAUUGGCCCUGAUGGCAGACCUAUUGGCCCUGAUGGCAGACCUAUUGGCCCUGAUGACCGCUUUCCACUGGGGCCUUUCCAGCCUAGCUUCCCCACAGAUGGGGUGGACCCCGGCACUGUGUACAACCCUAUCACUGGUUUGCCUGAAGAUCUGGAUGAGUGUAAACUCAUGAGUCAUAUGAUGUGCAAAAAUGGACGUUGCAUCAACACCAGGGGCUCCUUCCGCUGCGAGUGUAACCCAGGCUUCCGCUAUGAUGAGCCCAGCCACAUGUGUGUAGACACUAAUGAGUGCGAUGAACAAGCCCCGUGCCAAGGGCUUGCCAAAUGUGAGAACACUGUGGGAAGUUACCGAUGCUCCUGCCCCACAGGAUACAGAAUCAACAGGCUUACUAAUAAGUGUGUUGACAUCAAUGAGUGUGACCAGCAAGGUGUGUGCCAGCGAGGAGUUUGCAACAACUUCCAAGGGAGCUUCCAGUGCAUCUGUGACCCAGGUUAUGUGCUGACUGCCGAGCGUUCCUCCUGCAUCGACUUGGACGAGUGUGUCCGUUCACCUAACAUCUGCAACAAUGGAACCUGUAUCAACUCCAUGGGCUCUUACCAAUGCCAGUGCUACAGAGGCUUCAAGAUUGGACCAAACCGCGAUUGUAUUGAUGUGAAUGAGUGUCUUAUUAAUGUGGGUCUGUGUGUCAAUGGUCGGUGCCGCAACACUGAGGGAUCCUUUGUGUGUGAGUGUGCUGAUGGCUACACCCUCACACCUGAUGGGGAGCAGUGCAGGGACAUCAAUGAGUGUUCAGAGCGGGAUGAUGUGUGUCCUGCGCCGGGUCGCUGUCAGAACUUGAUGGGAUCCUUCAUUUGUGACUGUCCUGAGGGCUUCACUUUGUCCAGAGAUGGAAUGUCCUGUAUAGACGUGGAUGAGUGCCGUACUGUAAAGGACAUCUGUGAGAAUGGUGACUGUAUAAACAAGCAGGGCUCCUUCCAGUGUGUCUGCCCUCCUGGUUUUGAAAUUAGCCCUGAUGGAACUAAGUGUGUUGACUAUCGCCAGGAAGAAUGUUAUGAGACUUAUGAUAGGGGUAUCUGCCUCAACCCUCGGCCAGUGAGGAUCCUGAAGAAGGAAUGCUGUUGCUCCUCGGGUGCUGCUUGGGGUAUAAACUGUGACCGCUGUCCUCCCAUCAGUUCCCCUGAGUUUGAGAAGCUGUGUCCCCUCGGUCCGGGGCGAUCAGAAUCAGGAGCUGAUCUUAAUGAAUGUGAAAUCAUGCCGGGAACAUGUGAGGGUGGAGAUUGCAUCAACACAGAUGGUUCCUUCCGCUGCGAGUGUCCCAUGGGUUACAUUCUCGACAGCUCUGGGCGUCGCUGCAUUGAUGAAAAUGAGUGUGCUGUCCCCAACAUUUGUGGCAAUGGAACAUGCAGUAAUGUUGAGGGAGGCUUUGACUGCUCCUGCCAGGAAGGAUUUGCUCCUGGACCAAUGCAGACAUGUGAAGAUGUUGACGAGUGUGAGGAGCUGGGCCACCAGUGCGCCUUCAGGUGUCACAACAUGGCUGGGACCUUCCGCUGCAUCUGUCCCUACGGCUACACACUUGCUCCCAACGGCCGCCACUGCCAGGAUGUGGAUGAGUGUGCCACACCGGCCAACAAUUGCAGGUUCCUUUGUAAGAACCUCAUAGGUACCUUCAUGUGUAUCUGCCCUGAAGGCUACCAGCAGGUAGGCAUGACGGACGACUGUAAGGACAUCAAUGAGUGCGCCUCGAACCCCAACAUCUGCAAAAGUGGCCGAUGCAUCAACACCAAGGGCUCCUACCGUUGUGACUGCUAUGACGGCUUUGUCUCCAGCAGGGACGGCAAGCAAUGUAUUGACCAAAGGGAGGGAUACUGCUUCAGGCAGCUUGUUGGUGGGAUGUGCUCAACCACAGGCGACAGUCUUGUCAAGGUGACCAAAGCUGACUGCUGUUGCACCAUGGGCCUGGCCUGGGGCCCCAUGUGUGAACACUGCCCACGUCGAGGCACCCCAGAAUAUGACGAGAUCUGCAUGGAGGCUGGCUUCUCUGUUGACGGCCUGGACAUUGAUGAGUGCCAGAUGCCUAAUCUUUGUCGCAAUGGCAAGUGCAUCAACACCAUGGGGUCUUACCGAUGCAUCUGUGACAAGGGAUACCAGCCAGACCACUCCGGAACUCGUUGCAUUGAUGUCAAUGAGUGUGAGGGCACACCGUCGCCCUGCAAGUUCACAUGCCAAAACACAGAGGGGUCAUACCGCUGUGCCUGCCCCCGAGGCUACACGCUCAAUCCAGACGGCAUCACUUGUCGGGACCUGGAUGAGUGCACUACAGGACAGCACACUUGUGAAAAUGAGUGCGUCAACACUCAAGGGUCAUACAAGUGUACUUGUGCCCAAGGAUUCAAUGAAGUCGGUGAACAGUGUAUUGAUAUCAAUGAGUGCCUGGAGCAGACUGGUCUGUGUGGCCCCCUGGGAACUUGCCUGAACACCCGGGGAAGUUUCAAGUGCAUCUGUCCUCGAGGCUUCAAACUGGAUCCAUCUGGGACCAUGUGUAUAGACUCUGAUGACUGCUUGGAUGGCUCCUGUGAUGGGGGAUGUGAGGGACUCAUGUGUGGCUGCCCAGAUGGUUACCGCCGUCAUCCCUUCUACAACCAGUGUGUGGAUGAUGACGAGUGUACUCAGGGAAGCUUGUGUGGCUCAGCUGAUUGCCAAAACACUCUUGGCUCCUUCAAGUGUGGCUGCCCUAGUGGAUACUCCUUCAACUUUGCCCUCCUAGUGUGCAUUCAGGUUGAUGACAACUGCAUCUCGAGUCCCUGCGCCUAUGGUUGUAAUUCUCUUGGAGAUGACAGCAUAGCUUGUGGCUGCCCCUCAGGCUUCUCCAGGAUUGGCUCAGGCCACUGCAUGUCCACCCUCAACCCUCCUGUUGGUGGCUACCAGAACGGCCAGUUUGGAGGCGGUGGACUGUAUGGCAUCGGUGGUGGACUGGGAGGUGUCGGGGGUGGUGAUGGUGGUGGUGGUAGAGAUGGCUCCUUUCCCAAUGGUGUUCUGCCACCAGGAGGAUUUACUGGCAGUGUUGGAAGAGUUACAGGAAGAUAUGAUGGAAUUAUUGGAGGAGGUACAGGAGGCUAUACUGGUGGUGGUGCAGGUGGAGGAGGAGUUCCAGGGGUAUAUGGUGGUGGUGGAACAGGUCCAGGUGGUUUUGGUGGUGGUUUUGGAGUUCCAGGAAUAUAUGGUGGUGUUCCAGGAGGUUAUGGUGGUGGUGGAGGAGGGCCAGGAGGGUUUGGUGGUGGUGGUGGUGGUGGUGGAGGUCCAGGGGGAUAUGGUGGUGGUGGAGGUCCAGGAGGUUAUGGUGGUGGUGGAGCAGGAUCAGGAGGGUAUGGUGGUGGUGAUAGUGGUGUUGGUGGCAGAUUCCCAGGUGGUGGUGGUAGUACUGGAUUCACUACUGGUGGUGUGCAGGGAGGAUAUGUUGGUGGUCCUGGGGUGGGGCAGGGUAGCAUUGGAGGCAGAGGUGGUGGACAUGGUGGUGGGCAAGGUGGAUUUGGCAGAGGUGUUAAUGGUGGUGGAGGAGGAGGAGGUGGACAAGGUGGAUUUGGCAGAGACAGGGGUGGAGGAGGUGGUCUGUAUGGUGGUGCUGGUGGUGGAGGCGGAAGUGUUGGGGGCAGUGCAGGAGGAGUGUAUGGGGAAGGCUAUGGGUAUGGCUACACCUCCACACAGUAUGACUUGGGAGGAGUACCCACAUUCCCUAUUGGACAACAAGACCCUCAUGGCAACAAUGAAAAUAUUAUCUCAACUGAGGGAUGUUUCUCCUGUAAGUUCAAUGGGCAGAGUGCUCCAUCAGGCAGGAGGAGACGCUCAGUCAUGUCAGAGGUGAUCAGUCCGAUAAUGCUUGCGCCGGUCUCGGCCAACCUCACUGACAAGGAAGUGGUCCUGGUACAUGCACACAACCACACACACAGAGUGGUGAGGAGAAGUUUGGAAACUGAAUUAAGACGACAAGAAAGCAUAGCCCAGAGGUCAUCCAAGAAUCCAAUAGUUCUGAAGGUUUCCCUCGACCAGACCAGGCACAGGACCAGAUUAAUCAAGCUGAAGCCAGCCAUCACCUACCUUCAAAACAAUGUGAAAUAUGAAAUUGUGCAAGGAAACGAUGAUGGCAUCUUUGAGAUGCGGUCACACAACCAUGGCACUGCCUCGCUCCACUUCAAACACCACCUCCACCAACCAGCCACAUAUGAUAUUGAAAUUGUGGGUCGUCCUCUUGAUUAUUCCAAUAUAAAUGAUGGGGCACACAGUGACCUAGACAUGAACCUUAGGAUCAUUGUGACACACUAAUAAGAAGAGAAAAGUUAUUAGAAAUGUUUAUUUUCUUGCCCAAACAUGCCACUGGCAAUGGCAACAAUGAGCAAAUUAUCUUGACACAAACCUUGAGAGUGAAUGUGUGUGUAUGUAUGAGUGUGUGUUUAAGCAAGUGCAUGUGUGUGAAGCAGUGGCAUAUAAUGUUGAAAUACUUCCAUAUCUCCAAGUGUUCCAUAGUUUUCUAUAAUUUAUUUAACAUGCACUGAGCUGAAGGAAGAGAAGUGAACCCUCCACAAAGUAGGUGAUAAUUCCUGCUCGGUAUUCAGUACGCAACCGUUGCCUGACAUUAAUAGAGCUUCUCAACUUGAAUGAAAUGCAAGUUUUUGUGCUUGAUUUGAUAUUCUCAGUAGGGAUGUAUGUAAUAUUCCUAUAAUUUUGUAUGUUUUUUGGAACCGAUAAACAUGAAAACACCAUAUCAGACCACAAUCUUUGAAAAUUUCUCGCAGGACAUAGUUGAAUGACGUGACAACUGGAGUCCAUCAUAAUUCUUUUUGUCUAGUAGUAUGUACAUUGAUGUGUACUUAGUAGAUAUUAGAAAGUUCCUUCCUGUCAGUUGGUGACAUUUGUGAUGAGCAAAGCUGGGAAAUAUGAUGCAGUUUCGUGAAGUGUUAAGGACUCUUGUUGUGGUGAUAUUUAUGAAGGUGCUAAUUCUACUUGGCUUUGCUUGAACUCAUAUGUACUGUAUGUAACUUAGGGACCACUAGUUUUAAAUAACAAAUCACUGAGGGAAUGUGCCGAAGUUACUUUCAUCAUGUCACCUUGCAUUGUUUCAAAGUCAUGCCCGCACUGCAUGCUCUCUCACGUGAGCUUGUACUGAAGAGUUACAGUGAAAACAGUCUACCAAGAACCCUUCCAUAUCUGCUCAGUGAUAAGCUACCAUUUCCCAUCACACCCUCCCAUCAUAUUUAGCCUUCAAACUUAGUCACUUCAACAUGUCACUCCCAGAACAGUCAAUUAUUCAGAUGUAUAGGUAAGCAUCUGUGUAUGAAGUGUAUAACUUAAAGGUUUCAUACAAGGUCGUUGUCCUAGUUACUUGUUUUAACACAUUCACAUGCCUUCCAAACGUAUUGAGUCCAUAAUUGACCCAAAUGACCCUGCCCAGUGGUCCUGAGUGAGUGGCGUGAUGUGUGGUGGGUGUGGUGCUCUGUGGUGUCUGUCUACAGAACAAGCAUGAAUGCCUCUCUGGUGUACAGUCUUGAAUUUCACUGCAGUGUUAGAUAUAUUACAUUACACAGAUGAUUUAUUACUGAUCUGUCUGAUUUCAUGACUUAUACUGUUAAAUUACAAAUUGUAUAAAUUUGAUGAAUAGUAACAUGGCUAUCUUGUUGAUUAAAAUAUUAUUGCAUUAAUAGUUAUGCCUCUGACAUUUUAUCAAUACCUGUGAACUUGCAGGCACAACUUAAUUCAAGUAGCUUGAUAUUCUCACUCUUCCCCUCCUGAAAAUACAAGGAAAAAUUUAUUAGUCAUUUAUGGGUUGAGCACACAUGACUAAGAGAACAUUACCAUCAAGACUGUGCAGUGGCCAGAGGGGCAUCAACCUUGUUCUUUCUCACUGCCAAAGGACACCAUUUAUGCAAAAACAAAAAAAUUAACUCACCUAGGUUAAGUGACUCUUUGUAGUGAAGGUUAUAGGGGGAGAAAUCACUAUAAACACGUUUUGUACAUAGUCUAGUGCAGCGUUUCUUAACCUUUUCCCACCUCAGUACACACUCCCUGGAAGUAAACACAAGCAGCUCACCAUCUUUCACAUUACAAAAACUAAAAUACAUAAAUAAAAAUAAAUGGAUGAGAUACAGAGCUGAAAUUUGAAAUCCUCUAAUGCUGUUACUGCCCAUGCCCUCUGGUGAUCCAGCCUCACAUUAUUAAACCUCAAAACUGCAGUUAGGUCACACUAAAUAUAUACCAGCAAGGUGGCCAAGCUUUAUCAUGAAGCUCAGAGUCACAAAUGUGCAACAUGUGAAUAAGUGUAGUACAAGAUCCUAUUUGUCUGAACAAUUUGGUAUUUUGUACUGUAACAAGAGAACAUUUCCAGUACUGUCAGAGAAUGUUGUACACUGAAGGCACAAUUUUACAGCACCAAGACAAGAGACCGAAGACCUUUAUGCUACUCAAAUGCUCAGUACCAACAGUCAAUCAGCUCUCUAGCAAUAAAGUCCUUCCAUGUUCCACAUUCAAGUUGCAGAUAGCCAGAACAUAGUACCCAGGUUAAGAAACGCUGGUCUAGGUCUAGUGCUUUAGCUCUUGCAGGGCUUUGACACUAGCUUACUUAAGGAUGCAGAAAAGGGAAGACAUAUUGUGUUCUUUUACCCUUCUCUGAUAAAGAUGUCCCUAGAUUCACCCACUCUCAUGGUAUUCUUGUAGAUCCACCUACACUCAUAAAUAUUCCCUCAGAUCCACCUACUCAUAAUAUGCCCCUAGAUUCACCUCCACUCAAGAGUUGAUUCAGCCACCUGGUGUUGGCAUGGCUGGUGGCUGGAGGGUAGCUGGAUCUAGCUCUUGUUGACAGAACUAUACAACAGACAUGAAAAGAAGGGUUUGCUGUGGUGCCAGAUUGUAAGCCUUUACUGGUAUAAAUAUACUUUGGGUUCUUCUGUAUGGUAGUGAGAACCCUGGCUCCUUCCCUACAUUCUGCAGGCUCUCUCUUCUCAGACAGAUCACACAUUCCAAUAUGUAAUAAUUACAUUGUUAAUGAUGUCAGACAAGCUUGGAGUUAAGCUGUGUUUAUAAUACACUUGAUAAGAUUUUGUUGCACAAACCCUUCACUGUGAAAACUUUGUAGUGACUUGCUAAACAAGAUAUGAACUUCAGUCAAACAUAAAAAGUUUAUAGCUACAUUACAUUACAAUUUUUGCCAUGUCCGGAGCACACAGGAGUUGAACACAAGUUUAUGGGUAUGGAAUCAAAGCUUUAAUUCAACAUGACAUCAUAAGUGGCAAAAAAUAACCUAAUUUGUAUAAACUAUUAGCAAUUAGUGCCAACUUUCAGUUUCAUAAGAAUGGCUUUAUGUGUGAAUUUUCUUUUUAUUUUCUUUUUUUUUCUGUAUUAGAGGUUAGGGGGAGUUAAUUAUAGACUAUUUAUAAUGACUGCUACAACCACAGACUCUUCUAAUCAUUAAUACGCUGUUCAGCAUCUCAAACUAUUUAUCUUGAGCAACAGAUGCCUUAAUAAACACUGCCUUAGAGUUACUCUCCACAUUGCCUUCAUGUUGUAACCUUCCUGAGUGAUACCUACUUAGCCUACAUUGUGUUCACUUGUUACUGGAAAUCAUGUGCACUCCUAUUUCCAGGUAUUUUUAGUACCUCUGAUCCUCCUCCUAUUUUGGCUUUCUCCAUUUUCCUCAUAGUUUUCCACUCCAGUCAACGGUUCCCUAGACAAUAGUGAUGUCACGACUGCUGAUCCCCUCCAAAAAAAGAGAGAGAAAAAAAAAUGCUUGUAAAAAUUUUUCAUAAUAAAUAUCUUGUAAGA